AUGAAUUUUGAAAACCGAUGGGCCUUGAGAUCCGCUCUGAACUUCGCUAGUGAUGGAGAAGUAGUCAGAGAAGUAGGUGGAGAGUUCCAAAGAAAAGGACCAGAAAAAGCAAAAGCAGAUUUGGCAAAAGAGUGUUUAACACGAGUUAAGAAUAUGCGAGAAGAAGAAGACGAUCGUAAACCGGGGCGUUUAGGUAUAUUGUGCCUCCUUGUAUUUCGUGUUAAAUCUGCUAUGUAUGGACAGAUUGGCACACCCACAAGCAGGGGCGGGCCUAAGGAGAGACGGAGUGACCACGAUCCUCCAGCUGCAUAG